CUCAAAGUGACGCAGCAGGAGUUGGAGAGAGACAGAAUAGAAACGAAGCCUUCUAACUGCUGACCAAGAAGGGAAGCGAGAAUCAGUCAGAACAUUAUGCGUGAGUGCAUCUCUGUUCAUGUUGGGCAAGCUGGAGUUCAGAUUGGUAAUGCGUGCUGGGAGCUUUUCUGCUUAGAACAUGGCAUCCACCCCGAUGGUACUUUCCAGAAUCAACCCAACAGAGUUAACGAUGAUGACUCGUUUACCACAUUCUUCAGUGAAACACGCACAGGAAAACACGUGCCACGGGCUGUCAUGGUGGACCUAGAACCCACUGUAGUAGAUGAAGUGCGGGCGGGCACUUACCGCCAGCUUUUCCAUCCAGAGCAGCUGAUUGCUGGCAAGGAAGAUGCAGCUAACAACUAUGCCCGUGGUCACUACACCAUUGGCAAGGAGAGCAUUGACAUGGUAUUAGAUCGUAUUCGCAAGCUGACUGAUGCCUGUUGUGGGCUACAGGGAUUCCUGAUUUUCCACAGCUUUGGCGGAGGCACAGGCUCUGGCUUUACCUCCCUGCUGAUGGAGCGCCUGUCAGUGGACUAUGGCAAGAAGUCCAAACUGGAGUUUGCCAUCUAUCCGGCACCCCAGGUUUCAACUGCAGUGGUGGAGCCCUACAAUUCUAUCCUGACCACCCACACCACCUUGGAGCAUUCCGACUGCGCCUUCAUGGUGGACAACGAGGCCAUCUAUGACAUCUGCCGUCGUAAUUUGGACAUCGAGCGCCCCACUUACACCAACCUGAACCGCCUCAUCAGCCAGAUUGUCUCCUCCAUCACCGCUUCCCUGCGUUUCGAUGGGGCCCUCAAUGUGGACUUGACCGAGUUCCAGACCAACCUGGUGCCAUACCCUCGCAUCCACUUCCCGCUGGUGACCUACGCACCCAUCAUCUCUUCCGAGAGGGCCUACCACGAGCAGCUCUCUGUGGCUGAAAUCACCAGCUCCUGCUUUGAGCCCAACAAUCAGAUGGUGAAAUGUGACCCCCGCCAUGGGAAGUACAUGGCCUGCUGCAUGCUCUACCGUGGUGAUGUGGUGCCCAAAGAUGUCAACGUAGCGAUCGCUGCUAUCAAGACCAAGAGAACAAUCCAGUUUGUUGACUGGUGUCCAACUGGCUUCAAGGUUGGCAUCAAUUACCAGCCUCCCACCAUAGUUCCUGGGGGUGACCUUGCUCAAGUGCAGCGUGCUGUUUGCAUGCUCAGUAACACAACAGCCAUUGCCGAGGCCUGGGCAAGACUGGACCACAAGUUUGAUCUGAUGUAUGCCAAGCGAGCUUUUGUGCACUGGUAUGUCGGUGAAGGCAUGGAGGAAGGAGAGUUUGCUGAGGCCCGGGAAGAUUUAGCUGCGCUGGAGAAAGACUAUGAGGAAGUUGGAACAGACUCCGUUGAAGAAGAAAAUGAUGGGGAAGAAUAUUAACAAUACUGGUCCUGGCAGCUCUUCAUUUUAUGGGGGAUACAGUUCAUCAAACUCAUUGCUGCACAGCUUCUGAUCAAUACACAGAAUGGAAGAUGCACAACAGAAGUUUGGUGGAUUGCACCCUGUGCCUACUCCUGCAGCAUAUGUAAAAAAUAGACCAUCAAUCUGAGAAGCAA